CUAACAGUUUGGAAAUAGGCAAGGGAAGAAAUCGGGAGUUCCGGAGCGAAAUUACAGUGACUUCUUGAGGCAAGGAUCAUCAGCCGUUGAAGAUGCCUCAUCGCUGCAGGCACGAUGAUAGACCGUCGCCUACUCACCCCCUCCACCCCUAGGAGCCGAGCAAUGGACAAAUACGAACAGUUGGCAGUCGUAGGCGAGGGCUCGUACGGCGUGGUGCUGAAAUGCCGUCGCCGAGACACUGGUCAACUCGUGGCCAUCAAGAAGUUCCUCGAGACAGAAGACGACGCGGCCGUCAAAAAGAUGGCGUUGCGAGAGAUAAGGAUGCUUAAAAAACUUCGCCAUGACCAUCUAGUAAACAUGAUAGAGGUGUUCCGUCGAAAGCGUCGAUUCUAUCUGGUGUUCGAAUAUUUGGAUCAUACGCUACUGGAUGAACUGGAAUCGUCUCCCGGCGGUUUAGGCGAAGAUACUGCCAAAAAACACCUCUACCAGCUCCUGAAGGGCAUCGAGUAUUGUCAUCAGAAUUCGAUAAUACAUCGCGAUGUCAAACCAGAAAACGUGCUUGUUUCCAACAAUGGAAUCGUAAAGCUUUGCGACCUUGGCUUCGCUAGAGCUCUGGCUGCGCCUGGAGAACCGUACACGGAGUACGUAGCAACCAGAUGGUACAGAGCUCCGGAGCUACUGGUCGCUGAGCAUAGGUACGGCCCGGAGGUGGACAUUUGGGCGAUUGGAUGCCUGUUUGCGGAAAUGCUGACGGGCGAUCCCCUAUUCCCCGGAGACUCUGACAUAGAUCAACUGGCGCUUAUCAUUAAAACUGUCGGAAAACUAGCACCCCGCCACCAGCAGGUAGUGUCACGGUUGUCCGGGGGAGCGGCACUGGCGGCAAGCAGCAACGGCCCACGCGGGGCGCUGCCGGGCGUGGCGCAUGCGCGGGAGCUGUUAGCCGCCUGCCUGCGCACCGAGCCCAGAGCCAGGCCUUCCGCGGCGGCACUCCUGCGACAUAAAUACUUCAUCGCUGACGGCUUCACCGAGAACUUCAAUGCUGAGCUACGCAAGAAAUUGGGAAAGGAAGCGGAAACACCUCCUCCUCAACAUGGGGCGGCGCCAAGAAUCGCUGGCAAACCACGCCAGCAAUGGACUCUGAACAUUGUUUCGGAUCACAAUACGAGGUCUCGUACGAGCAGUACGGCAGGAGAAUCCCUGAUCGACUACAAUUAUACGCCUAAUCCAGAAAACCAAAUGGAGACUGCGUGUAUGGAAAGGAAAUCUCUACAGCAAAUGACCACGCAUCAGACAGAAGAGGUCCCUGCGAUGGCCAAUUCAAACUCGAUCGCUCCGAACGCAGUUUGCAGCUCGCUUACAGGAGCGGCUACGGGUGUGGGUGUAACAGCCACGGGCGUGGGUAUAACAGCGGCGGGUAUGGGUGUUCCAGUUACGGGUGUUGGUGUUACGGGGACGGGUGCAAGGCCGUCGCUGCCCCGUUCCCUCGCCCGUGCCAUUGAACAAACCUUCAAAACUUUUCCCGUACCCGUCAACACUUAUCCGCGAACGCCUUAUAUUAAGAAGGUUAACAAUAAAUUGGUGGUGGAUGAAGAGCUCCUGCGGGGUCGGGCUGCUGCUAAGAAGGCGACCAAGAAGACACCACCCGAUUUCUCCUUACCUUACGUCCCUGGAGCCAGCAAUAGUCCAAUGAAGAAAGCUAAAAAACCACAGGCGUCUAACGCGGCGACCAAAUCUUACGACGUGUGGGACAGUAAUAUAACACCAAGUUCGCGUACACCAACCAACCUCCCGUACAUGUGACUGUACGGGCGUGGCUUGUGGAGAAGCCAUUACUGAAAAUUUUUGUCGACAUUUCCCUAAAAUCCUCCACAACAAACCUCGCCUUUUUGGCUACAUGCAAAAAUUAAUAUUUUUAAUCUAGGUAUAAAGAUCAACCAGGUUUUAUAUAUUUAAUGAAAAAUGCUAUGAAAAACCAUAUUCCCCAACUCGUGAUGUACUUACAAUGUAGCACGGCCAGCAUAAGUUAGCAAUUUUGAAUAGCUCAGUGGGCGCAGUGGCGCUAUAGUUACAAGUUGGAGGCCCCGAGUUCAAUUCCCGGCAGGAGCGCCCUGUUGCUGCUGUUAAAUCUGGUAAAUAAAAAACUAGAAAUAAAUAAAACAUUUUAUCCACUUGGAAAGGUCAAGUUUUUCCUCUCGCACAGUUGAUAACACUCUCUCUGAGCAUGGGGUUGAGCGAACGGGUGGAAAUAAUAUACUUCUCUUUUGCUUUGUUGCCGUGCUCUAGUUAAUUGUAUCCCUUGUCAGUUGAUUUAUGACCAUUUUCAAUAUUGAAUUAUCCAUAAUCUAUAGAUUUAUUACUUAGUAACGUUAUUGUCAAAAAAUAACAACUUUUCUAACAGAUAACAUAUACAGAUACAUUGAAUAUAGAAAACGGACGAUAAUAAGGGAAUUAAAAUGUUUAUCUGCUAGACUGCUGAGCAUUCUAGCUGGGCAUAAAUUAGCAUAUUUAAUAAACAUCAUAGUGUUUUGACGCAUUUUGAAAAUAAACCUUUAAUAGCUUUGUGUGAACCAUAUUUACACAUUUGAUCGCAAAACUGCUCUCAGCAUAUUCUCUCUACAUAACACGUCUCUGAGAAAUUCUUGCGAGCUUUCAUUU